AUGGAGGAGGAGCGAGGACGCCGAGGAGUGAUUUGUGUCAGCACAACAAUGUUCACUCGGAAAAGGCAAGCAGAGCACAAGCGCAAAGUAAACUGUUCGUUUCGUCUUGAGGCCAAGGCGAUUUCCAGUGAAGCCGCUGCGAGCGACCUUCUCUCUAGACAAGGAAGCACAUGUGUUGAAUGGGAAGUGCAGUACUGCUUUUCCCCUCACUGGCUCACAGUUCAUGGGAAAUUCCAGUUUUCUUUCAGCAUUGUAAUCAUAAAAGCAAUGAAAAAGCUUCAUGGCCAUCUCAUUGUUUCUGGGCUGCACAACUGCCAAUAUGCAAUGUCCAAGAUUCUCAGAUUUUAUGCUGUUCUGCAACCAGAUUUGGUUUCUGCUCAUAAAGUAUAUGGGCAGAUUGAAGCACCAACAACUUAUCUUUGUAAUAUCAUACUCAGAGGACUUACUCAAAGUAAUGCGCCAGAAGAUGCAAUUGCUUUCUACAAGAAGGCUCGAGGAGAAGGUAUGGUGCCAGACAACCUGACAUUUCCAUUUGUAGUGAAGGCUUGUGGAAGAUUUAAUGCUCUUAAGGAAGGGAAACAGUUGCACAACCAUGUACUGAAAUAUGGGCUUCUUUCCGAUAUCUUCGUUUCCAAUUCGCUGAUUCAUCUGUAUGCUGCUUGUGGUGAUUUGUGCUGUGCGAGAUCUGUCUUUGAUGAGAUGCUAGUUGUGGAUGUAGUAUCCUGGAAUUCUUUGAUAUGUGGAUAUAGCCAGUACAAUCAACCGAAAGAGGUUUUAACGUUAUUCAAGUUGAUGCAUGAUGGAGGAGUAAAAGCUGAUAAGAUUACUAUGGUCAAGGUUGUUUCUGCAUGCACUCGUCUAGCAGAUUGGAGCAUGGCAGAUUGCUUGGUUAGGUACAUAGAGGAUUACUGCAUAGAGGUGGAUGUUUACUUGGGUAAUACUUUGAUUGAUUACUAUGGCAGGCGUGGGCAGCUGCAAUCAGCAGAAAAGGUUUUCUUUAACAUGAAGGACAGGAACGCCGUGACACUGAACACAAUGAUCACCGCGUAUUCAAAAGGAGGAAAUCUGGUUUCGGCAAGAAAGUUAUUCGAGGAAAUUCCCAACAAAGAUCUGAUCGCAUGGAGCUCGAUGAUAUCUGGAUAUUCACAAGCUAGCCAGUUCUCCGAUGCUCUGGAACUCUUCAGGCAGAUGCAGAGAGCCCAGGUGAAACCAGAUGCAAUUGUGAUCACAAGUGUACUUUCCGCCUGCGGGCACUUGGGCACGCUUGAUCUUGGUAGGUGGAUUCAUGAAUAUGUGAGGAGAAACAAGAUCGAAGCUGACACCAUUAUGCACAAUUCCCUGAUUGACAUGUAUGCAAAAUGUGGAAGUACCAAGGAAGCAUUGCAAAUCUUCAAAGAAAUGAAAGAGAAGGACACCUUGUCAUGGAACUCGAUCAUACUAGGCCUGGCGAAUAAUGGCGGCGAAGAGGAUGCUCUGAAUGUGUUUCGGGCUAUGCUCGCUAAAGGAUUCAGGCCGAACGGAGUCACAUUCCUCGGAGUGCUUAUCGCAUGCGCCAACGCCGAGCUUGUCGAGGAAGGGCUUGACUACUUCGAUAGCAUGAAGUCGGUUCACAACAUGGAACCACAGAUGAGGCACUACGGUUGCGUCGUCGAUCUCCUCGGCCGUGCUGGUCAGUUGGAGAAGGCACUGAGAUUCAUCGCUGAGAUGCAUGUGGUUCCUGACCCUGUCGUUUACAGGAUACUGCUGGGAGCAUGCAAGACACAUGGUGAUUUAGCCACUGCUGAGGUGGUCACCAAGAAGCUCAAUGAGUUGGAUGCUGGUAACAGCGGGAACUACAUGUUGCUGAGCAACACAUAUGCCAGCGCUGAUAGAUGGAGUGAUGCCAUGGAGGUCAGGCAGUGGAUGGAAGAUACUCGUGUGAGGAAAUCACCCGCUUGUAGUGUCAUCGACUGCUGACCCAGUUAGCAUGAGUUGUACUUAGGUAGUUUCUCGGACCGGUAACAAUACUGCUACAUUGUUAUUUUGGCAUAUGAAUGCAAUUAAUUGUUUCGAUGUGAAUA